CAUGCACUUUGCAACACUGAGAAACUUCCCUGGCUUGUCUAUAUGCCGCAAAUGUAAAGUGACUUGCCAGUUCCACGAUGCAUUGACGAGUAUGCGAGCAUCGGUUGAUCUUAUAUUCGAAAGUUUAGAAGAUUUGUUGAUGCGCACAUAUUGAGUGAGAUGGCAGGCACAUUUGUAAAGGAAUAACAGCCUACAAUGUUCAGCCAUCAUGAGUCUAGAAGUGUAUAGGUUCUUGGCUGAUAGCGGAGGGAGUCAGCUGUCAGAGCGCCCUCCAGUGCCAGGAGAGGAGACAGAAGACCGAGGAAGCGUGUCAUCCAGCGUCAAGAGUGGUAAGCAGAGUGACCAGUCUGCAGGAACGCCAAGACGCUCCUAUCUCAAAGAUGCCGCUAAAGGAGGAAUGCUGGAAGAAGGUGCUCCGCUGGGUUUUGAACCCGAAGGCUCGGCAUCUGUGACACCACCUUACACGAGAUGGACGGAAUCCCUGCAUGCCUUGCUUUGCGAUGAGGAUGGGAUCCAACUUUUUAAACAUUACCUCAUUCAGGAGAAUGCGGAGAACCCGCUGUUGUUCUGGCUUGCCACGCAGGGUUUCAAGAAAAAGUCAGACAAUGAUCCUGUCAGGACUGACCUGGCCAAACUCAUUUACAGGAGAUUUAUCAAGAAAGAAGGACAACAGGUCGUCAGGUUACAAACUGCUACUCGGAAUCAUGUGGCCGAGUCGAUAAGGACUAACAAAGUGGCUGGUAAACUCUUUGAUGCUAGUCAGAGGGAAGUGGAGGAGUACAUGCGGGAGACGUCCUACCCAAUGUUCCUCAAGUCGGACGUGUACGUGCAAUAUGUUAACAAUGGUGGGGUGAGUCCAAAGAGUUCAGAAGGAUGCUCCAGUAAUGGUAGUAAUGGCCAUCAUGUACAGGCAGGGUACCUUCCAACAUUACCGGAGGACUCAGAACUUUCAGACCUGCCUCAGGCAGGGUCUCUUACAGCGGAUCUUCUGUUCAGGAGUAGCCAUCACAGGCAUAACGCAGAAAGAUAUCAGGACAGGUUAUACCCCGGUUUACUUGGUGGGCAGAACCCCUAUCACCCAGGCUGUGCUGCCAUAGCCCCUGCAACGUCUAACAAUGACUCCGAGCUUCAAUCCCUCAGUAGUGAUGCCAUCUCAGACGAUACCAUGUCCCUAACAGACUCUAGUGUGGAUGGUUUUCCGGUGAGGUCGAGACAGCAGCAGAAGAGAAGACAGAAAAGGAACAUGAAGUAUAACAUCAGACAGAAUGGCAAAGUCAUGACACAUCUUCCCUGCCCACGAGCACAUCCUAGAGAGCUACCUCCAACCGACCCUGUAGAGUUUGCCAAGAAGCUGACUGAGAAGCUGGAGAAGGUUCUGCAAGAGAGAGAAGCCAAGGAAAGAUUAGCUGCCAAAUUACGCAAAGUUGAGGAGGAGGAGCACGAGAGCGAACCGCCGUCUUCAACAACCAUGAGGCCGCCAGGCACCCAAAUAUUCCCCGUCCACGAUUUUGUGGAGGAUGACCCCAACAGUAUUCUGGAGGACCACAUGUCCAGAGUUUUCAAAGACUCCAACAGGCACACGCCGCGAGGUUUCUCCCCUCGUUCCCGGUCACCUCCUGACCACCACAGAAGCAAGCUGCCGCCCUCUAUGGCCAACGUGCCUCAGGUCUCGUUGCAUCCGAAGCAGAUCUCAUCCCACCCGCACCACAGCAGACAUCACAUGUCCAAAUCAAAAGAACUCAUUGUGCCACCCAAUAUGGCCACUGUCGGUAUGGCAGAAACACCUUACAUGGCGUAUAUUGAGGAUACUGUUAGGCACAAAAAGCGCAGCAGUAAAAAGUCAGACAUUUCGUCGAUAUCGAAGACAACAGAUAGCGGAAUUUUCGAAGGAGCACCAUCAUUACCGUCGGAUUCAGAAAAUUCAAUGAAGCGUUGUGCAGACUGGAUCAGAGAGGAGAAUGAUAUCCCUGACCCACGUGUACAGAAUCAAUCUAUGCAUCAUAGACAAAGGCAUCGUGUGCAUCCUGACCAUAACACUACAAUCACUAUGCCCCAGCAGAUGGGUAAGAAGCCAGUUCAGUACAACACAUCGCGGCCCCAAUCGAUGGAGAGAGAAAGGACGCACACGCCCACCACUAACCUGCCUAAGAGGAGCUCACCCCACUUGCCCAAGCAGCCGUUCAUCCAGGAUCCCAACAUGCCCCUCAUGCAACCACCCGAACCACUCACUGUCUUAGAGGAGGCUAGGAGAAGGAUAGACAUGUCAAAUAGACAGCAGAGGAUGAGUAGCAAAACCAGCGACCCUCGGAAGGAGAAGAGGCCGGCCAUGAUACCUAGCAUGACCUCAUUAUCAUUGUCAGGUCAGACCCGAUCAUCGAUGAUGCCCACCAGUAUCUCUGACAACCAGAUCUAUCCGGGUCUCUCUAGACCUUCCACCACAGGAGGGAAGCGGCCCACCUCCUCGUCUUCCUCUAGCAAAGGCCGACCGACGUCUUCAAGUGGUACGAUGGAGAAGAAGGUCCAGCCGAACAUAACCAUAGCAUACUAUCUCUGCAACGAUCCCAUCCCAUACAGAACCAGUCUCCCAGGAUCAGAAAUCACCUUAAGACAAUUCAAGGCUCUCAUCUCAAAGAAGGGCACGUACAGGUAUACAUUCAAGAUGCCCAGCACUGAGUUUGAGUCUGGAGUGGUUCAUCAGAUCAUAGUAGAUGACGAUGCAGUGUUGCCCCUCUAUGAAGGCAAAGUGGUAGGCAAGGUGGAAUCUGUCGAUGAUCACUGAGCAGCAUUAUCUGUCACCAUAGCAACCCGACUGAUCCCAACAAGAUGGGAUCCCUUCUGGAUAUACUGACAUGGAAUGAAGCUCGCUCGCUGUCAAGGACACAGAACUAAGAGUGCUUUGAGUUACAUGAACAAGUUACAUCUCAUCACCUCUCCAUCUGCAGUGUUCAGUGGAUGACAUUACCAUAGCAACCACUGGGAUGACAUUACCAUAGGAACCACUGGGAUUUAUUGGGAUGCCCUCCUCAUCAAGCAUGUAUGCUUGGUAAAGCCAAGAUGGACUUGGACUUGGGAGACUUCUUCAGCUAUGUGUUUUCUAAUUUAAAACUGACAGAGCAAGAUAUAGUAAUAACUUUUUAUACGUGAUGAUGUGUAUCACCGUAGCAACUUUCUCAGGCAACUUUGUAUGACGAGGAGUUCAGAGAGUGGAGUAGCAUCUUUUUUGUUAUUUUAGUAACCAUGACAGUGGGUGAAGCCAUGUUUCUGGUGAAAUUUUUAAAUACUUCUAAAUUUGUUUGAGGGGCAGGCUAAUAUAUUUGAACGUUUAGUGCUCUCACUUGGUCAGGGGCACUAUCGAUUUAACAAAACGAUGCAACACAGGGAAGGUUGAUGGAGUUCAAUAUGUUUACACAAUGCUGAUAAAUUAUAUCUAUAUAGAUUCUUUGAGGCAGUGAUAAUGUACCAUUCAGUCACAUUUUCAGAUCAUGUAUUAUGUUCACAAGGAGAAGUUUAAUAGAAUGACCCUGUGUUGCAACAUGAUUUUGCCAAACUUUCACCUGGCAGUGAUGGUAGUGCUUGCAUGCAAGCUACAAAUGGUAAAUUGUAAUGUAAAAACAAAACAAAAAAUGUCAGAAGACAAAUCCUUCUUGAGCGAAUCAGUCCCCCCAAUUUUUUUUUAAACAAUUUUUUUAUUUGGGUAAAUGAUUAACAAACGCCUCAUUGGGAGAGCUUUAUGUAUACAUAAAUUCACCAUUUCCAUGCUGAAUUCAGGUUAAACCAUCAUCAAUUCUUGUUAUUGUGGACGUUCUUCAUGAAUAUACGCUCAUUUUGUGUGAGUGAAUAGAAGAGCGUGAUUUAGGGUAUUUCCCUUUUUAAGUUGACAUCUCAGACCAUCCUACCUCAGACUGUUUAUUAUCAUCGCAUUGAUUUUUAGGUCUUAUAAGAAAUGCAUGAUGGAAGUGCUGUUGUGUUGUCAGGCUGCAUUUUUACAACAUUUAUUAGUUCUAUUUUUGAUUUGUUAUUUGUGCAUGUUUUUUAGCCUCCAUUCUUGAAUGAGUAGCUUUGGUUUGCUGUUGGACAGAACUCAUAUGGAUGAGAGGUAUGCAAAGUGAUGCGGAUGCACAAAGAGAGAAGAGGGUCAAGUUUGGGCUUAAACAUCAUCUACCAUGGAGAUAACAUAAUCCAGUGUUUUGAUCUCAUUAUUGAUAAGCAGGCCAUCAAACCUUGUAUAUUCUAUCUAUGGAGGUGCAAAGAUUAUGCUCUGUUCCCUCCUCAGUCUCCCCCAGUCUCAGUGGCGAUAUAUCACUCGUCUGCUGAGAGCCAGAGAGGUAUUAACGCAUAUGCCUUUUCAGAGUUACUUACUGGUUUGAACAAAACAGCUUCUCAGGAUGUUGUUAAUAAUAAGCCCAUCAUAUCGUUCACAGCAGACAUUAUGUUGGGUCAUUAACCACGACAGAGAGUAUUGCAAAACCUGUUAUUUGGGCAAGGCAUGAAUCGAAAAGAUGGUUUAUAAACUCUUGAAACUUUGAGAAAAAGAGUUUAAUAAGCUCCUUUUAUCCUUGGAAAUAAAUCCAAAUGUAAUUCAAACUGAGGGAUCAUAGAAACAAAUUGAAUUCAUGUAAGCUUUCCAUUUUUCUAGGGAUUGAUCCAAAAUUUAUGCAAAGACAGUGUAUUGUAAGAUCUUGGGGAAUAAAUAAUGAUCGACUUACAGCCCUGCCUCAAUAAUUGAUGGAUUUAUUAUUCACUGCAAAGUGCAAACAAGUACAAAACAGCUGUACCGUAUUCAAUAUAUACCACUUCUUUGGCUUUUUUUGCCCACCAUAUUCAUUAAAUUGGGAUUAUGUGGAAGUUGUUGAAUUUUGUUCCUAGCAAAAAUUCUUCUAAAUUUGCAAACAUACGGAGGAAGUUGCUAUAGAACUACCCCCAAAAUAAAAAA